CAAACUCUGCUGCACGGAAAAAUUUCAGAAGUUCUGGGGUGCAAAAAAUGAGCAAGGAAAGCCCCACCAAAACCCCUUAAACAUCUACUGCCUUGUAAAGGUCCCAGAAGAACUUGCUGCUUCGUUGCUUCACUGCUUCUUGCACUAAAACAGUGGAACUGAACAAUCUUGUAAUAACCUGAAAAGAAGCAGAGAGUUUCUGUAAGAGCACUGAAGAGUUUUCAAAGCAAAUCAGAUGUUUUACCUAUCCGGUGCUGCAGUUGGGUUGUCAAACUCUGUGACUUCAAAUGGGGCGUUUGGGUGUUCCUUAAUUUCAGGACUCAGUGAGUUUGAUGGUAAAGAGAGCCCGCCUGCAGAGAGCUUCCCAGGCUGCCUUUUCUCCCGGCUGCUGGUUGCAAGCGCUCGUGCCCAGGAGCACUGGAGAGGAGAGUCGCGGUGCUGAUCUGGGAAUGCGCAAGCCAGCCAGGAGGACGAGACUUGGAACUGGCAGGGUGUGACAGCCGAGUACGGAGGAUUAUCGUGAUCUAUGGCAGAGACGAGCGGCUUGGCGCCGGGAAAGCCUCCCGCCAGUUAGAUGCCCAAAAGGGAGAGAACAACUCCAGCUGAACUGAUGCCUCUCGGCACCUGACACCAAGCUCAGCUUCUGACAUGAAGAAAGAUAUAGACACUUUAAUAGCCCAGGAAAGAGCGGAGAUCGUUGCCAAGUAUGAGAAGGGCAGGCAGGAAGGAACUCAGAUCGAUCCGUGGGAAGAUGCCGACUUCACGCUGUAUAAAGUCACCGACCGAUUUGGAUUCCUGCACGAGCAGGAGCUGCCGACACGCACCGCGUUGGAAGAAAAGCAAAAACAUCAAGAAAUUGAGCGAGUGGACAAGUGGCUAAAGAUGCUGAAGAAAUGGGGCAAAUACAGAAACAGUGACAAGAUGUAUCGGCGAGUGUACAAGGGGAUCCCUCUCCAGGUGCGUGGCCAGGUCUGGUCGCUCCUGCUGGAUGUCGAGAAGAUGAAGAAAGAGAACGAAGGGAAGUACGAGAAAAUGAAGGAGCAAGCAAAGAGCUUUUCAUCGGAAGUCAAGCAGAUAGAUUUGGAUGUUAACCGCACCUUCCGAAACCAUAUCAUGUUUCGGGAUCGCUAUGGAGUGAAGCAACAGGCGCUGUUCCACGUGCUGUCAGCAUACUCGGUUUAUAACACCGAAGUGAGCUACUGCCAAGGGAUGAGUCAGAUUGCAGCCAUCCUGCUGAUGUAUUUAAAUGAAGAGGAUGCGUUUUGGGCACUGGCACAGCUGCUAACCAACCAGAGGCACGCGAUGCAUGGUUUUUUCAUUCCUGGGUUCCCGAAGCUGCAGAGAUUUCAAGCUCAUCAUGAGCAGAUUUUAAGCAAACUGUUUCCAAAGCUGAAGAAGCACAUGGACAAGGAACAGAUGACUACGGGGAUUUACACGACCAAAUGGUUCCUGCAGUGUUUCAUCGACCGGACGCCUUUCACUCUCACUUUGCGGCUAUGGGAUAUCUACAUCCUGGAAGGAGAACGGGUCCUGACAGCCAUGGCUUACACAAUACUCAAACUGCACAAAAAACGUUUGCUGAAGAUGUCUCUGGAAGAUUUACGGGAAUUUCUGCAGGAGAAAAUUGCUGCUUCCUUACAGUAUGAGGAUGAUGCUGUCAUUGAGCAACUGCAGAUGUCCAUGACUGAACUGCGCAAGAUGAAAUUCGACCUCCCCCCGCCAGCAAAGCCCGAGGAAUUCCCACGGAAGCCCUUAGGCCUGGAGCUCUCCCUCAACUUUGUGGCAGUGAAGGCCAACAUGGCAGCCAACAGCCAGAACGGCGUCGUGGGCGAGCACCACCCGGACAGAGAUGCCAUGCAGCCCCCUCCGAACAAAAGCCCUGGGACUCCAGGAGAAACGGCCACUGACACGAGCACGGCAGUAACUGGAAGGACUCCUGACCUCCAGCGCAGCGAACUAGCUGAAGCGACAGACGCCCAUCUGCGUCCAGCAAAGAGCCAGGACGAGGAGCAGCCUUUAGAGGAUGCACAGGUAGGAUCGCCCAGGAAAGCUGCCAGUGAGAUCCUACCACAGCAGCAGUCUCUUCUGAAAGCAAGCGAGACACAGAGCUUCCCGAAGAGCCAAGAUGAUGUUUCUGAGAGCAGAGACCUUGUCUCACUUAAGAGUCCGUGGAUUAAGCCUGGGAAGUGUCAGGGGGGGCAGCAGGAAAACAAACCGCUCACCACCGCAGACAAUACGAACAAAGGUGCCGACCCCGCAGCAGCUCAGUCACCGUCGCUGCAUCGGGUCUCGCCAGCCUUGCCAGCCAAGGGCCGCUCUGCGAGAGACGCUGACGCACGGGGCCAGGCCCUGCAGGCGAACCUGCCUGUUCUCAAUCACAGUCAUGCACUAGCGGAUCGUGAGUCACCAAGCCAAACUCCCUCCCUUCCCACCCCUGCUGAGCACAGCUCCUUAGACUGUUCUCUCCAAAACCUGCCGAGUCCCCCAGACUCGAGCACCACCACCUCUUCUGUAGAUCUGCCAGCUGGGGAGGUUUUGCCAUUGCCUGAGCAGCUUUCCAGUAUGGACCACUCAGUACGGCAGCCAAAUCCUGCUGCUUGCAAUUUGCCAGAGGGACAACAAGCAUCUCCCUUGUGUAAAGAGAAAGCACUUGAGGCCCUCCCUGUUCCUCUGCCGGAUGGCAGGCAACAGCUCUCUAACACAUCACAGUACGAUAACUUCCCUGAGCGUGAGUACAGGGAGAAUACGGCUUAUUUACAGGGGGCCAGUGCCAAGAAACGAUGCAGGGCGAUGCAGCUGAACAAAACAGACUUCGGACACUUGGUACCCAAGGCUGCGUCCGUGGGCGAGCUUGCUAACCUGCAGCAGAACGGCCCGGGGAGCACGGACGCGGCAGAUCAGCCAGGAGGACUGGGCUCCGCAGCCUUCAACGUGUUUCCUCUGCAAAGGCUGUCUGGCGGCAGCGUGCCCAUCUUAUCUGGGAGCGACUCGGGGACAGCGGGGCUGGCGGAGGGGGGCCACUUCCAGCUGAUGCCCUCCCCGACCACGGAGAGGAAGAACAACCCCUACACAGUUAUAAAGACCACCACCCCCCUUCACGUGGCCCAUGCGACAGAACAAGACUUCUUGAACAGGAAACAGGUGGCCCUGCCUUUGCCAGAGGCUGGCCGUCGCCUGGGUGCCACCUCGGCAGCACCUGGUGGAGGGGCACCUCCUGCUGCAGAGGACCUUGAGGCAGUAGCUGCCCAAAAAGACAUCCAGAAAUCAUUAAAUGCACUGAGAGCAGCACGGCCCCCGCUGAGCCCCAAACCAAUAUUACCACUGAAGGUUACCAAAUCCCACUCAGAGAAUAAUUUCAAUUCAGGCUCUCCUCCCCUGGCACAGUUGCCCAAAUCGGUGACAUUUUAGCAGGGAAGAGGGAGGGCAGGGAGAGGAAUUGGGUACUGGAGCAACACUGUCCGUUCUUGAGAUACCCGUACAGUAGGUUGGUGUUGGCGUGACAACACAGCCUGCGUAGAGCAAGGAGGCAAUUGCGUGCUGAGGCUGUACUUCGGUACGAGUGCGCAGGGGAAGCCGUGGUUCGCUAGGAGCUGGAACUGCGGCCACAGGCAAACGUAUCGGCGCCAGGAGGCACUAAAAUUCAGUUGUAUUUUUCAUCCAUGGUUUCUUUUCUAUGGACAAAGUGGAAAGUGCUUUUAUUUUUUGUUUGCUCGUUGAAACUUUCAAAGCCCCAUCGCUCUAGAGGGAGAGACAAGGCUGGUUAACUUGUUAGCUAUUUUGUUGUUUUCCUGUCUGUAUUCUGAGAGCAGUGAGCUCAGCAGCGGGCUCACAAGCCAGAGCUGGGUAGCCAUGGGCAUGGAAGUAGGCACAAUGCAUAGGAGUCGGCAAUGUUAGAGAGAGAGGCUUUCUUUACAAAUGACCGAUCAGUGAGGCCAAUGGCAUUUCUUUCAAAGGCCUCUAUAGCAAUAGUUUGUUUUUUCCUUUUUCAAAAUCAUAGCAGGCAGCAGCUUUUCAGAGGAGGCUGUGGAGCCUCCGCAACGGCAAACGCCAGCCUGCUGAAUAGUCUAUGCAAUUCCCAGUCGUUGCACGGAGCAGAGGUUGCGUGCCUGCCGUGGUGUCCGUUUCGGUGCCGGAGCUCCUGCCUCCCUCCAGCUGCAGUGGACGAUUUCCUGGAGGGGAAGUGUUAACAGCGGUGAGCUCUUCUGCUCCUGGUGGGUCUCCUUGCCUUGACCUCGGAGGAGGACUGCAAAGCAAGGUGGGAACAUGGGCUCCGCCUACUGGCAGAGCAUUGAAGCCAGAGCACUGGUUGGUUGGUUGGAUUUUGAUUUUUUUUUUUCUUUUUUUUUUCCCCUUAAGUUCUUGAGGUGACAAGGAGAGUGAUGAAGGUUGAACCCGGUCUUUUUGCGAGGCUUCUGAGUGGCCUGUCUGGUGCCCUCUCCCUCGCAGAUCCAGGACAGGACAGCAAGUGGGCUUGCUGCCUUACCACUGACUGAACAGGAAGAGACUGCUCCCUUGGUAAACCACCAAGCAGCGUCUAGCUGUACUAAUGCAACAGAGUCAAUGGCCUGGCAGGUGUCUUGCCUUCGCUGACUGGCUGCUGGAGGUGUGAUGGUGUCUAAGCACAGUGCCCAAGCUGAAGCCAGCUUCUACUUUGAGCAAAUAGUUUUGGGGUGGAAAUGCUACAGGAGGUAGCAAGGGUGAGCACGCUGCCCGCAGCCCUUCUCACAGCCCCGCCAGAAAUCAGCAGCAGUAACCAAGAAAGGAAACCUGGGCACGGAGGUUUAGAAGACGAUGCUUUUCUCAUAAAGCUGAUAGGUGGGUACAGAAACCUGCUGCCUGUCCCUUCAGUGGUGAACCGGGCAGUCGCCCAUUAGAGGUUGGAGGCAACUUUGAAAACUGGCUUUUAUCUCCUGGGCUGCUUCAGUAAUAUCACCUGAUCCAAAGCCUACCUGGAAGCCCAGCAGAAAACUUCCACUAAAUCCCUUGGGGGCUUGAUCAGGCUUUUUUUGUGCGCCUGUGGUGGUUCCCGUUAGUGGCAGGUACAGCCAUGGAAGGGAGCACCCCAUCGUUGGUUGGAUGUAGUCGGCCAGACCCCUGCUCUGACAGAGAGCCUGUCUUGGGCCUUGGAGGAGUCUCUACACCCGCUUGUCCUCUCCGUCCGGGGAGCAGGGAUAAUCACGUUAACUACCUCACAGGAGGGUGUGAGGAGUCAUUAGUUGCUGUUUGUGACGCGCUUUGAGGGGCAGCGCUGUGUGUAUGCUCCCUAUUUGUAUUUUGAGAUACCACGGGUCAUUUUAAGGGUAAAGGUGCUUGAAUUGGUUUUAAUUUAGUGUAUGUUUUUCAGUAACCAUGCGGUAGUUAAACAUGUCUGUGUGUUACAGUACCUGGGCAGUAUCUCAGACAGGUAUCAAUUGCCUUUAGCUAGGAACCGUACCCCCACUGGCCUCGGGGCCUCGACGGAAGGCAGUGAGAAGCGUGCAAGUGGCUGUCGUGCUCUUCCUGGCUCGGUGUCUGUAGCUUGGGGUCCGCUCUGCCCUUGAAGCGCACAUAGGACUCCUGCUAACUCCCGGCAAUGUCCAGCUCAUGCAAGAUGUUGAGCCCUCUCCCCCUCAUUUCUGAUCGCCUUGGCACAUCUUGUUUGCCAGUGGUGCGUGUGAGCCCUGGGUCCCCACCCAGAGAGCGUGCCUAGGAUGCUUCACAGUAUUUACAUUUAAAAAGUGAUUUGCUGUAAUGUUAAAGAGCUGUCAAACGCACAGUACCAGCUAUGCAGGGCAACGGCCACCUAGGCACAGUGCUGGGCAUGCGAUUCCCUUGCAGUGCAGACACGCUCUCCGAGCAAACCUUUGGUGCAUGGUGUUCAACAGUAAUUUGGGUUUCCUCCGUUCCGACUCCACAAGAUAUAAGGAGACUAGCGGCCUGUUCCCCAGUUCCCGUAGGACCUGCUGGCUCCAGUGCUGCUUGACCCAAGCUCACCUUUCUCUUCAGGGGUGUCCCCCACUGGGAAUGCCGGUGCAGCCAGGCACAUCUUGCCCCACAAGUUAGACUGGACUCAAUUUCUGAGGUCCUACCUGUGUCACUGAAUGUACCCUGCCAGGCAAGUAGGUCUCCAACCUGGCGACCCUGAAAGCUGGAAGCUUUGCAAUUAUCCACCUGCUGGGAAAGAGCAGAGGGGGUUUCUGCCCUCUUUUGCUCUGGCAGGUUUGAGAAGAGUUCCCAUGGGCAAAGGAGCCCCCAGAAGCCCACUGAGAGCUAGCAGCACAUACUGCUUUCCGUGGAGUGAAGCCUCACUUAGACCUGGUGCUACUUCAGCAUGUCAAAUAGUUGUUUUCGCUGAUCAGCUGAAUUAGCACGUCUCCUUUUCUGCUUGUUGUUGCAGAUGGAUAUGCAGCCAUCGCAGGCCUGGUCCCGGUCAUGACUGCACGGAGCUGCUGUAAGAGCAGCCUGCUGCUCCUAAAAGGACUCAGUCUUUAAAGGGCACCUCCCCUCCUGUCUGGAUCACAUGCCCUUUUUCUUCACCUAGAGGCUCCAGGCAGGCCUCGGUGGCAGCAGAGGAGGGAAUGACAAGGCCCAGGCUCAGAGAUUUCUCUGGGGACAGGAAGGAAGUCGAGCAGGAAUAAGAGGGGUGACAGGUCAGCAGGACAAACACUGGCCAAAACCCCUUUUGCUCCUGCACCAGACUCCUCAAAACAGCCUCACUCCCAUAGCAAAAGCCAGUGUUAUUGCAAGCAAACUCAGGAAAACAGCCCCCGCCCCCUCCUUUGGCCUCGCAGUCCCAGGGCAGUCCCAGGAUAACUCUUACAUAGUUGUAAAGACAAACGUUGUGGGUUGUUUUUUGUUUCUUAAAUGAGCAUUUUGAGCAGGUGCGGUGCAGCAGGAAUCGCAGGUCUAACCGCUGCAGCUGGGCGGCGUUAGAGGUCAGUGUCUCUCUUCUGUGCACGCACUUUGAUAGAUCUGCUACCAUUGGCUUUUAUUUUUUAAUUGCUAUUCUUGUUUACAGCGUGGAACGCUUCCUCCGUGACUCUUUCUAAUGUAUUACAAUUGCUACUUAAAACCA